UGUCAAAUUUAGAUUUAGUUUGUCAAAAUGGCGUUUAAUUUCCCAGCGUUUUCGUAUAUUAUAGCGUUAAUUGUAGACGCUUUUCUCAUAUUUUUCUCGAUAUUUCAUGUUAUAGCGUUCGACGAGCUGAAGACCGAUUAUAAAAAUCCAAUAGAUCAGUGUAACAGCCUCAAUCCAUUGGUGCUGCCUGAGUACUUACUGCAUAUUUUCAUCAACCUAUUAUUCCUGUUAUCUGGAGAAUGGUUUUCGUUGCUUAUAAACAUUCCAUUGAUCUUGUAUCACAUUCACAGAUACUACAAUAGGCCUGUGAUGUCGGGCCCGGGUCUGUACGACCCGACCAGCAUCAUGAAUGCGGACGUUCUCACAGUUUGCCAACGGGAAGGCUGGAUCAAGCUGGCAUUCUAUUUGUUGUCGUUCUUUUUGUAUCUUUAUGGAAUGAUUGUGGUGCUGAUCGCAGCAUAAGAGCAAUGUUUUAAUUACUCUGAUAAGUCAUAAUUUAUUGUUAGUGUCCGUGAUCUAGCGUUGUGUCGAAGAAGUGAUUGUUAUGAACUUAGAACAAUGUGUGAUUGAGCAGUAUUUUAAUAAAAUGUCAUAUUACAUGCUA